AUGCAAAAGCAAAUCCAAAUUAGCAUAUAAUUUGCGUAUGUUAUUGACAAGACGGGAGGGGGGUCUUGAUUUUUCAUUGACUCAUGAUGUCCCCGUUCCCUAGUUUCUAACAUGUUGUUACCUUCUCCAAAAAAGAGGAUAACAUCCAGAAUCGGUCGCCCCGUGAAUAUAGUUUACUAUUACCGUAGUGUAAUUCGUCACCCCUUUGGUGCCUUCACUCACGCACUGCCGUUGUGCACAGCGCCACCACCAUACCACGCUUCGCGCGUUAUGACAAUAGAGCAACACAACUGACCAAUCACGAGAGCUCUGCGGACGGUGCCGUUGGGUUUGGGAUCUCUCGGAGCUCUUAUAAAUAGCGGUCAUUUUUAAGAGGCAGUCACUCAUCUCGUCUUCUACGUUCGAUUCGCAGGCUUACCAUCAGACAAGUAACCUACCAUGGCACGUACCAAGCAGACGGCUCGCAAAUCUACCGGAGGAAAGGCUCCCAGAAAGCAGUUGGCAACCAAGGCGGCCAGGAAGAGUGCCCCAGCCACAGGGGGAGUUAAAAAGCCACAUAGAUACAGGCCUGGAACUGUCGCCCUGAGAGAGAUUCGCCGCUACCAGAAGAGCACCGAGCUUCUGAUCCGCAAACUCCCAUUCCAGCGUCUAGUGAGGGAGAUUGCCCAGGACUUCAAAACAGAGCUCCGCUUCCAGAGUUCCGCCGUGAUGGCCCUUCAAGAAGCUAGCGAAGCCUAUCUGGUCGGGCUAUUUGAAGACACCAACCUGUGCGCCAUCCAUGCUAAGAGGGUUACCAUCAUGCCGAAAGAUAUCCAGCUGGCCCGUCGAAUCCGUGGAGAACGCGCCUAGAGCGCCAAUGCACUACAGCCUGUAGGGCAUAUAGCCAAACGGCUCUUUUCAGAGCCAC